UCGUAUCGCUCCGUAUUCGAGGCGUUAUUUUAACGGUCAAAAGCGAAUUUUGCGUACGAACGGGUGUCAGGAGUACCGAGUCAAGUGCGGGCGAUCGUUUCAGUGUAUUAUUCGGUUCGUACGAGAUCGAUUAAACGCGAUAUCGUAUGAUGCUCGUAACCGACUUCUAUCGUGUCGCGUCGUGUCGGGAACGUGAAGUCGGACAAGCAAGACAGAAUCCAUAUAUUCCUUUUUGCCGCAAAAAAGGUAAUUCGACAUUCGGCGCCUAUUCAAUACUUUGGCAGGCUUACUUUCUUUGCCCGUAUUAAGCCGGAAUUUGUCCUUAUCACGGGCAAAUUACUGUAAAAGACGCUUGGAUUGCGUUAACAAAAUGGCGCCUAAAAACGGUUACAGUGCUUGAAACCGAUAGCAGGCAUUGACAUUAUCGACGCUUCGUAAUCGACGAGUAUCAUGGGUAGUGACUUACCAACGUUCGUACGAGAAAAACACAAACAACGAUGGUGUGUGCUCGUGCGAGGUAAACAUUAGAUCGUUGGAUCCAAGCAGAACGCGAAUAGUGUCCUAGCAGGUAUGGACUUCAUACCUGCGAGACAGAACAAAAAGUGGAAGAGAAAGCAAAGACAGUGGCAGAAGAAACGCCAACGCGACAAGGUUAGAAUCGAGGUUCAGGUCAAAGCUACAAAACAACAGAAGAUUGUUCACAGGCAUGCUAAUAGAUUUAAUAUACGAGGAAUGUCAAUGACAAGUACGAUGCAAGCGGACGCUUUCUGGAAGAAUUAUACAGCAGCUCAGGAAUGGCAAGUACGGCACAAUGUAACCUGGUGGAGAUCACGUUGCAUGGCCCUUGAACAUGAAAAUGAGGUGCUACGCAAUGAAAUAAGAUCAUUGGUUAACCAAUUCCGUUAUCCUGAUACUGCGACAGCUGAAGCAAAUUAUCACAAAGAAGAUAUCAAUAACCAGGAGGAAUUAUUAUAUGAUGAAGAUGACGAAGAGCUUGAAUUUACUGUCACUGAAGAUAUGCUGAACUUUUUUGAAAAAAGUGAGAGACAUAGAAGACAGUUGAAAAAAAAACAUGAGUCUAAUAAAGCUGUGUACACCGAAGAAGAAAACUUAGUAGAUCUCAUUGGUGGUGCUGCAAGUGCUCGUGCAAGGAGAGAAGAUGCCAAUGAAUUAUAUGGUGAUGCAAGCUCCAAAAUAUUAGCGAUGGAGACUGCUCUACAGGCUACGUUGGACAAUUAUAAAGAUAAAGUAAAUCCUCAUUUUUGGCCCAAUAUUCCACUUAAACCUUAGGUUAGUUAAUUUAACCUCAUUUUGUCUCGUGGCUAGAUUUUUGAUGUACUUGAACGUAUUUCGGAAAUAUACACCAUUUUGUCAUACAAAUCAAAA